AUGACCUCUCAAGCUUCAUCAUCGCAUCCUCCUGCCCUCCAUCUAACAAUCCGCUUCUCAACAUCCCAACCAGACCUGGAACUCGACAUCCCCUCCCCCCAAACAACAACCGUCCUCGCUCUAAAAUACCUCCUCCGCACACGUUUAUCCUCCCGCAGUAGGUUGCGUCUAAUCUACCAAGGUCGCAUCCUCCCUGAUGCCUCGGCGCUCAGCUCAGUUCUUAAAACGCCUCCCCCGCCGCUGCGCAACAUCGACGAUCCAAAAGGCAAGGGGAAGGCUGUCGAAGGCGCCAACGUGACUAGGGUCUACGUUAAUUGUUCCAUCGGUGAUGAAUUGACCAGCGAGGAGCUUGAUAAAGAAAAAGAGGAGGCGCUCAAGCCCCCUCAGGAUGUGAAUGGAGAUGACUCUAAACCCACGAAAUCAACGAGGCCACGACCAAGAGGUUUUGAUCGAUUACUACAGUCAGGAAUUACACCUUCCGAGAUCGCGACGCUCAGAACACAGUUCAACUCUAUACACACAGCAGGCUUUACGCCAGAUGCGAUGCCAUCGCCUGAUACGUUGCGAAAUAUGGAAGAUGCAUGGAUAGACAACAACGCUGACGGCCUCCCAUCCGGAUCCAACCCCCUAGAAGACGAAAACGCAGGUAUGGCGUCAGUUCUAGAUGUGUUAAUAAAAGCCAUGAUCGUCGGCUUCUUCUUCCCUUUGGGAAGCUUGACGUGGCUUUUGCGUCAAGAGGGAAUCUGGAGUAAGAGAUGGCAGAUCUUUGUCGGGUUCGGAGUUGUAUUAAGUCUUUGCAUUGGCUUCGUCAUGGAGUUAUCAGGAGAUCGGCCUUAG